AAAGUGCCGCUGGUUGAUUUAUUGCUUCGGCAGAGUGGGUGCAUCCCACUGAUUACCGAUCGAUUGUGGCCGCAAUCGAGCAUACAUAAUUAAGAUAUUGAAUUCACCUCACACGCACACACGCUCACACAAAACCACUGACCUAACCAAACAACGCUUCGGGGACGGUUUCAUCAACUCCAGGCCGGGGAUCCGUCCGCGGCACGGCGUACAUACAAAUGAAGCUAGUCAUGAUACAAUAAUUAAUGCUUAAUUCGUUGGCGUUAUGAUCGGUUUGGUGAGGUUUGGAGUUGUAGUUGUUGUUUUAGGAGUGAGUACUUGCAUAACCCGUGCCAUCCUGUAGGUGGGACACAACCGCAACACAAUGUGGCUUUGACACUUUGGUUUCGGUGAGCGAUUGAACGGUUUAUCGUGUGAUUGGCAAUGAAAAGGGGGUUGAAUGGUUCCAGUGUCUAUCCCGCUAGAACGUGCCCUCGAUAUCUGCUGCUCAGUAACGACCCGUUUCAAGUGCAAUGUCGCUGGUGACAUUGUACAUGUGAAGGCUAAUGGGAUCUGAACAUACGUGUAUCCCUAUCAUUGGUGAGUCCGCUUUUGUGGAGUAGUUCCCGCUCGAUCACGUCCCAUGAUGACCCGAUUGGUCGCGAAAAUUCGAUUAAAAGUUGUACCACGAUACUGUUGGUGGAGAGGGUGUACUGCAGUCAACUACAUUUACCCGCACGGAUAGCAUUUUAAUGCGGUCCAGCAUGAGUAAUGUUAUAAAGUAUUUAGUUGCAUUACAGCCGGGCUUUGGUCGUCAGUUGUUCGGUUCCGUUGCAACGCGAAUGGUGUAGUUCUGGCACCACAGCAAUCAAACGUCGUCAACACUAGGUGUUGUAGCCUGUAUCCUGAGGGUGAAGCAUGUGGCAUCGGCACGUAGUAAACAAAAUGUUUUCCCGAAACUUGGCACUGCUCGGGCUGAUUCUGUGCACAUUCCAUGGCACGUUGUAUCGAUCGGUGGCCGACGGAAUGCUAACAGGCCACCAACCGCCAGCUCGCAACCGAAUCAGCCGUGAGCGGGGCAACAUACUGAAGAACCUGACCGGUACGCAGGAGUACGAGAAUCACAUCGUCACUAGCCGGUUGGAUGCGUCCGAACCGGUCCGGAUGAUGUACCGUGGCAUACGCGAGGUGUACAAUCGAUUGCUCGGACCGACGGGAAUGCGUGAUGAGGGUGUGUCACUGCAGGCCCGUGUACCACCGUACGUACCCUUUCCGUGUGAUGUCCGUGGGUUCCGCAGUCCAACGCCACCGACCAGCGUGCAUCAGCUGCGACCGGGAGACUUCGAUGUGGUGGCAGCACUCGGCGACUCGCUGACCAGUGCCACCGGUGCAAACUCCAGACAGUUUUGGGAGUUACUGAUCGACAACAGGGGUCUUUCGUGGUGCAUCGGUGGUCAGGGUACGUGGAGAACGCAUCUGACGCUGCCCAACAUACUGAAAGAGUUCAAUCCACGUUUGUUCGGGUAUUCAUUUGCGGACUCGUACAAUGUGCAUCUGCCGUCGCAGUUUAAUGUGGCGGAGAUUAUAGCGACGACGAGCGACAUGCCUUACAAUGCGGCUUCGUUGGUGGAGCGAAUGAAGGCUGAUCCACGCGUUAAUUGGAAUAAACACUGGAAGCUUCUCACCGUGAUGAUAGGAGGGAACGACUUCUGCUCGGAUGUAUGCUACCAAACGAACGCCACCGAGUGGAUCAAUCGUGAUCAGGAGAAGUACCUGCUGACAACCCUCCACUACCUCAAGAAGGUUAUGCCAAGAACUUUGGUCAACCUUGUCCCCUCGCCGCUAAUAAAUCUGUCAUUCUCGAUCGACAAAGUGCAAGCUCCGCUCACGUGCCAGUUCGUCCGCCCCAUCGAAUGUUCCUGUCUGUAUGGACCAAAGUACUCGGGUCAGCGCAAUCUUUACCGGCAGCUUGAGCGACGCUUCGUCAAGAUUAUGGAGCGAGUAAGCCAUCGGCCAGAGUUCCACAGCAACGACUUCACCGUCGUCUAUCAGCCAUUCUACCGGGAUGCAAGCAUUUUCCAUCGACGCGACGGAAAACCGGACCUCUCGAUCAUGGCCAUCGAUUGUGUGCAUCUCAGCCAGAAGGGGCACGCCGUAUCGGCGAACGGGUUGUGGAACAAUAUGUUGGAACCGACGCGUCACAAAACCACCGUGCUGAGGGAGCUGUUUGAAGACUUCAAGUGCCCCACGCCGGAAAACCCUUACAUUAAGACGUACUACAACAGUUGAAUAAAACCGUAAA